GCUACUGACUGGCAGGCCGCGGUGUGUUUCGUUUUCUUCUCGUCAUUGCCGCAAGCUACGGGAGUCUCCCAAAAGCCAGCGAAGCAGAACAAAUCUUCGGGCGGGAAGAAGCACGGGCAGCUUCCGCUAAUACGCGGACAACGUCGUCGACGGCAAAGCAACCUCUCCUCGUGUGUGGCGUGGGUCUCGUGAUCAUCACGGUCGUGUCGCGACACCCCGGGCCGUAUUGUGCUUCAUUCAUGCUCAGACUUAACUCGCCAGCCGGAACCGCAAACUGGCACAAACAUCAGGCCUACUGCUGUGCACAUUCGCCCGUCCAGUAGACGGAGGUGUGAUUUUUUCAGCCAUCGGUAUCGUAUCACCUUCGCCAAGAGGAUCGUGAUCACCCGCGCGCACUCGAGAACGGCGACACCAGAGGAGGCUGUGUGCCAAAGAGCUCCCAACGGUAGAGCACCGACCGAGUACGAAGUUCGAAGGACCAUGUAGAGCCGCGAUUAGCACCAACUAGGGCAACGAGACAACGAAAGGCCGAAGACAAACUCGAGCAGCACGAAUCGAAUAAGUGUACAACGUAAUCACGAGUCAUUGGGGCGAGAAGCGAUUCGUCGGAGAACUGAUCGUCAUCUUCGCCAUUAUCAUAGGCGCUGUCAGUCAGUUGCCGUAGCAAAAUUGCAUUCUGCGGCCGACAAAAAUCGUGUGGUGCUGUUGCACUUUUCCCGUGCCCGUUCCCUUGCGCUGGCGCCUCAGUGAUACCGAGAAACCGUUUCAGUGGCGCCGCUCGCUGCCUGUAACUCCCAGGACGAGGCGAAAGAAUAUCUUGGUCGCAACAGAGUGCGCACUUGUUGUCGGCCUCUUAUCGCACCGCACAACUGGUUCGCGGUGGACACGAACGGACCAGGAACGCACCGUUGAAGUGUGUGCCGCUGAAGAGUUCUGCCGGAACGCCAGGAACUGAUACUGUCCGAUAGCAAACCCCCCACAAGCUCAUGAUGGCUCUCAGUCAGACAUCGGUGCUUAAAGUAUACCAAACGGUUAUCGACGAUGUCAUUGGCGGUGUACGGGACGCCUUUCUUGACGAGGGUGUUGACGAGCAGGUGCUGCAGGAGUUGAAGCAAAUUUGGACCUCCAAGGUGCUGGCGAAUAAAGCGGUCGAGGUAGGGCCGGAAGCACAGGACCAGCAGCUUCCACCGAUUUUGGGCGGCGCAAAGUCGGUUUCGCACUCCAAGGCAAACGGAACCAAAAAAGCAAAGGCGGCAGCAGCUGCUGCGGCAGCAUCGUCUUCCACAAACCAAGAGAAUGGUAAAGUGGCUAACAGUGGUACUGCUGCCAGCAAUAAUGUGAAAUCUGUACCGAUUAAACCGGAACCAGCUGAAUCAAUGACAGGCAGUAAUCGGACGACUACCGCCUCGACUACCGGUGCCCAGCAGCAGUCGUCUGGGGCUGUGCCGUCCACCGUGGUGGCUGCACUCGAUCCGAACAAGCUGGUCGCAAUCCAGAUUACGCUUCCGGCGCAACCGAACGUGCCCAACAGUCAGCCACGUGUGCUGACGAUACAGGUGCCUGCGUCCGCGUUGCAAGAGAACCAACUGCAGCAGGUCCUCACCAGCCCAAUCAUUUCCUCCAUCAUGCCGCUGCCGCCACAAAUUGCGUCCUCAGUCCUGCAGCAGCAUGUCAACUCGUAUCUGCAGAGCAGCAGCAUGAAUAAGCAUACACUUCCGAUCCAAAAGCAAUUGGAUGGUGCCUGCGAUGAUGAUCCGAUGGGCGAAUCCUACUCGCCCAGUGAUUCGCCGAUUAUACAAACAAAUUCGGAGCUCUGUGCGCAAUCGAGCAGGCCCGUACUUUUCGAAUGGCAGCUACUGUCCACACCAAGCACGAAUGGCGACGGCAGCAAAAAAUCUGACAGUGAAACCAUGGUAGCUACCAGCAGCUCUACAGCAAAGCCCGUUGGAGGUAAAAAUGUUCGUCGUCGAUUAUCAAGGGCCGGGCGGAAAGCAGCUUCAGCGUCGGCGGCUCAUGACGAAGUGAUAAUUCGGAUUUGUCAGUUGGAUGGUGCAGUCGAUACGUCGGAUGAGGAAGCGAGCGACAUAAGCGACGACAACAUUCCUGACGAUGACGACGAGGAUUUGGACAAAGAAGAAGAGGAUGAUUUGGAUGCAGAGGGCGGCGCCGAGGAAGAACCGCUGAACAGUGAGGACGACGUCACGGAUGAAGAUGCGUCCGACCUGUUCGAAACGGAUAACGUUGUCGUGUGCCAGUAUGACAAGAUCACCCGAUCUCGAAACAAGUGGAAGUUUUAUCUAAAAGACGGUAUCAUGCAUGUUAAUGGUAAGGACUUUGUGUUUCAGAAAUCGAAUGGUGAUGCCGAAUGGUAAGAAAAAGGUGGAGCGGUGUUAUUUGUUUUUUUUUUUACUGAGAUCGAUAUGGUCAGUAAAGUAUCGGGUCAGCUAAGGUCAGUUGUAAAUGGCUCCAAUCAGAAGGUAAAAAAAUGUUUCAAUAUUCAGAACAUCGUCAACAAAAUGUUGAGAUUGGAAAAGGAUACACAGCUAUGUUGAAUUACGGCGCUCUGAAGCUCUGGAAACGGAGAAAUAGGAACGUGUGAAAUAGUGGCAGUAAAUAGCGCUAGUAAAUGUAGAUUAGAAGUAAGAAUGCGCCUCAGUUUCUACCCCUUUUUGCGGAAACAAAACAAAGCAGACAAAAAUACAUAAACGUGCUUUACUGUGUGUCGUCUUUAAAAAAGCUACUGAACCAAAUAGAAAAAAAGAUUUGAUUCUCGCAAUGAUUUCACAGUAUCCAGCAUGCCUUUUAACGUGUUUGUCCGUAUUGUAUGAUGAAAAUGAUAAGACAAAGACUAUGUUUCGGAUAUGCGAAACAGUUCGAUUCUCUGAGGAAAAAGCCUUACACAACCCGCCAGCAAUGGUUGAUUGCGAAACGAAAACCUUUAUGAUCACAUUUAGCGAUAUGCCACCAUUUAAAACUCUUGUCUCAUCCGCAUCAGAGUGGUGUCGUUCGCGAUCACUAGCUGAACUAGCGAUGUAAUAGUAAUCAACUACUAUUGAAAAUCAUUGAGCAAUACAUUUUCACACACUCUGCACCUUAUCCUAGAAGCAACUGCAUUAUAUUCUGGAGAUAUUUUCCCCUCUUACAAUGUAGGCCGGUUCCCGAUGCACAGGAGAAAAGAAAGUAGAACAAGUUGUGUCAUGUUGAACAGUGAUGGAUACUGGAUUUACUUGUUUGUUUCUGUUUUUUGCUAAAAUGAAAAUAACACAACGGAAAGUAACGAAACUAAAAACACAAAAGUGGUGAACGUUAUGAUAAAACUUUCAUGGAACAGUUGCGCGUUUUCUUAAGGUCGAAUCUUACUUUUUGUUUUGAAACUGAACUAUUGCCAUGCUUGGAAGCGUUGAACAGCAAACUAUCCAAAACCGGAUUAACAUUCUAUGGAGUAAAACAAUAAAUGUA